GAAAAGGACGACGGUGAACACAACCAUGAACCGUUCUGUUUUCUUAAUACAAAAGGAAUUGAAGGGCCUCUCUGUUUUUUCAGAUGGCGACGUUUUCGAUUUUAAUUUCAGUUGAUUCUGUGAACUCUCGCCACUGAGUGCGGAACUGCCAUGGCUGCUGGAACUGCCGUCUUUUUACUCGGCGUUCUCUCUGCUUCUUCCAUUUUCUAUGUCCUUCUCAAGCUAUGGUGGAAACCUCUUCGGAUUCAGCGUAUCAUGCGAUCGCAGGGAGUCUACGGUCCUCCUUCCAACUUCAUCUAUGGAAAUAUGAUUCAAGUAAUGAAGAUGAAGUUUGAAUCCAUGCGCACCUCCCUGGAUAUCUCCGAUCAUCACAUACUUCCAAGAGUUAAUCCUCAUAUUCACUUGUGGAUCGACAAAUAUGGGAAAAACUUCAUUCAGUGGAAUGGCACCCAAGCUCAGUUGAUUGUUUCGGAUCCUGAGACGAUAAAGGAGAUACUACAUAAUCGAGAGCGCGCUAUUACUAAAAUUGAUCUCGGCGGCGAUGCGCGUAGAAUAUUCGGGGAUGGACUUUCGACUUCCGACGGUGAAAAAUGGGCUAAGGCUCGAAGGAUCGCUGAUUACGCUUUCCAUGGGGAGCUCCUGAAAAACAUGAUGCCAACCAUGGUUUCCUGUGCUGAGGCAAUGGUGGAAAAGUGGAAGAAAAAUGAUGAAGGCAAAGAGCUUGAUUUGUUUGAAGAGUUUAAGCUGUUAACUUCAGAUAUCAUAGCACAUACUGCUUUUGGAAGUAGUUAUCUGGAAGGGAAAUUUAUUUUUGAGACUUUGAGUAAGCUGAGCAUGAUAUUAUUUAAGAAUCAAUUCAAACGGAGAAUUCCUGGAUUCAGCAAGUUGUUCAAAACGAAGGAUGCGAGGGAGGGAGAUGAGCUUGAAAUGAGGAUGAAAAAUUCCAUAGUUUCUAUUAUAAAAAAGAGAGAAGAGAAGGUGAUGAGCGGUGAAGCAGAUAACUAUGGUAAUGAUUUUCUUGGGCUACUUUUGAAGGCAAAAAAUGACCCUGACCCGAGGCAGAGGAUUUCUGUCGACGACGUAGUCGAUGAAUGCAAAACCGUAUACUUUGCGGGGCAAGAAACUACCAAUGUUUUGCUUUCUUGGACUUCCUUUCUUUUAGCAACUCAUGUGGACUGGCAAGAAGAAGCAAGAAAGGAAGUGUUCGAUAUGUUUGGCAACACAAAUCCAACUUUAGAGGGCAUUGCAAAAUUAAAGAUUAUGAGCAUGAUCAUCAAGGAAUCACUAAGAUUAUAUCCCCCAGCCACGCCAAUGUCAAGGAUGGUUAAAAAGGAAGUAAGAUUGGGAAAGCUGGUUCUCCCAGCCAGCAUACAAGUAAGCAUUUCAAAUAUUGCAGUUCAUCAUGAUACUGCAACAUGGGGUGAAGAUGCCCAUGAAUUCAAACCAGAAAGAUUUUCUGAAGGAACAGCUAAAGAUAUCCCAUCAGCUGCAUACAUCCCGUUUGGACUGGGUCCUCGAAACUGCGUCGGCAAUAUCUUGGCCGUUAACGAAACAAAAAUUGCACUAUCGAUGAUUCUACAACGGUUUUCUUUCACCAUCUCCCCAGCCUACGUCCACGCACCGUUCCAGUUCCUCACUAUUUGCCCCCAACACGGAGUUCAGGUAAAGAUUCACCCUCUGUCGGAUCAUCUGUCUACUAAGAAGUAAGAAGAGUCCCAUUGUUGCUUCCUUUCCUGAGAGUUCAGUUCUUGAAAACCUUUGAGUCAAUACAUCAUGUUUCUCUCCCUGUUUCUAGAUAUUUAGCCUUGUAAUUUGUCCAAUUCCUCUAUUAAGUUGUAUUACUGUUUCAAUGAGUAAUUUGAGCAACAUUUCUUAGACCCAAUGUGGAUUUAAUGAGUAGUUAUCAGGUUGCCCUUAAUUUUUAGUGAAAUUAGUAGGAAUGAUCUGAAGUA